CAUGCGGCCUCUCCUUCGUUCUCUUUUAGAUUUAGACAACUAUGUCGCUACUGAUUGAGCCUGUUCCUCAAGAUGAUCUUAUGCGGGACAGGACACGUGUAUUUGAAGAAUUUCUUAUUUCUAGCUCACCAAUCUACAAUUACAAGGACGAUAUCGCCCGUAUGAUCCAAAGAGACCAGACGCGUCUUGUUGUCAACAUCGACGACCUUCGAGAUUAUAAUAGGGAAUUUGCUGAUGGAUUAUUGAAACACCCGGUUGACUUUCUCCCCGCAUUCGAUGGUGCGCUUGUCAGCAUCGUUCAACAGGUUCAUGACUCCGAAAAACAUGAUUUGGAAGCAAAGAGUUAUCGAGUUGGUUUUAGUGGCUCUUUUGGCGACCAUCAAGUCAGCCCACGGACGUUACAGGCUCAUCAUCUCGGGAAUAUGAUCUGUCUGGAAGGGAUCAUCACUCGAUGUUCCCUCGUACGUCCCAAAAUGCUCAAGUCAGUCCACUAUUGUCCGGAAACGAGGAUGUUUCACGCUCGAGAAUAUCGCGACUCAACAACAUCGACUUCCAACCUCCCUCCCACGUCCUCCGUUACUCCACAGACCGACGAUGAAGGUCGCUUACUGCAGACUGAAUUUGGGUACUGUGCAUUCCGCGAUCACCAACGGAUAAGCAUACAAGAGAUGCCUGAACGUGCUCCCGCUGGUCAGCUGCCGCGCAGCACUGACAUAAUCAUGGAUGAUGACUUGGUUGAUAAAUGCAAGCCUGGUGACCGCGUUCAGCUUGUAGGGUUUUAUCGUAGUGUUGGAGGGGCUUCCAACGGUGCAUUUAAGUCACUACUAAUAGCGAAUAACAUCAAUCUACUCUCGUCAAAGAAUGGAGGUGGGAUUGCCCAAACGCCGCUGAGUGAUACCGACAUCCGCCAAAUUAACCAGCUUUCCAAACGGAAAGACAUAGUCUAUCUUCUUUCUCAGUCUCUUGCCCCGUCUAUAUUCGGGCACGACUACAUCAAGAGCGCAGUCCUACUAUUAUUGCUGGGUGGAGCUGAGAAGAACUUGGCUAAUGGUACACACAUCCGUGGUGAUAUUAAUAUGCUCAUGGUUGGCGAUCCAUCCACUGCAAAAUCCCAGAUGCUGCGAUUCAUCCUUGGUAUAGCGCCCUUAGCAAUUGCUACAACUGGUAGGGGGAGCUCUGGGGUCGGAUUGACAGCAGCUGUAACUAUCGACCGUGACACUGGUGAAAGGAGACUUGAGGCUGGCGCCAUGGUUCUUGCUGAUCGUGGUGUCGUAUGUAUAGACGAAUUCGACAAAAUGUCGGAUAUAGAUCGUGUAGCUAUCCAUGAAGUCAUGGAGCAGCAGACCGUCACCAUUGCGAAGGCCGGUAUACACACGAGCUUGAACGCCCGGUGCAGUGUCAUCGCAGCUGCUAACCCAAUAUAUGGCCAAUAUGACAUCCACAAGGACCCUCACAAAAACAUCGCGCUUCCCGACUCUCUUCUUUCCCGUUUCGAUCUUCUCUUUGUGAUUACUGACGAUGUUGACGCUUCACGUGAUAGACAGGUAGCAGAUCAUGUCCUGCGGAUGCACCGUUAUCUUCCACCUGGCAUUGAAGAAGGCGCGCCGAUGCAUAAUAAUCUGUCGCAACCACUUUCGAUCGAUGGACCAGGAGUGAAAUUGUCUGAGAUAGAUAUAAACGAGAUAAGCCCUUUCGAAAAGUUUGAUCCUCUGUUGCACAUCGCCAUAGCAGGUGCUGUCACACGUACUCGCCUGGGAAAGCAAGCGAAGAAGGAAGUGCUGACCAUCGCUUUCAUUAAAAAAUAUAUCCAAUACGCAAAGAGUAAACCAACUCCAAUGCUUACAAAGGGUGCCGCGGACUGGAUUGUAAAUAUGUAUGCGACGUUGCGAAACGAAGAUGAAGGUCAGUUCAGUAAAAAAAAGACUUCGCCGUUGACAGCCCGUACACUCGAGACACUGAUUCGUCUCUCGACAGCACAUGCUAAAGCACGCCUUUCUGCUAAGGUUGAGCAACAAGAUGCCAUGGCAGCGGAAGACAUCAUGCGUUUUGCGCUUUAUAAAGAAGUGGAGAAACGGCAGCGCCGCAAGACGCGAAAGCUGAAUUGCGAUGGUAGUCAUCGCAAAGAUAAAGAAUCCCAGACUGCCGAUGAUGGUGAAAGUGACAACGAGGAUGGGAAUAUUACCCACGCACCUCAGCAGAUGGAUAUACCUUCACAACCAAAUGGGGAAGGUGAACCACAGUCUGGUCAAGUCACAGUAUCGAACGGUAAUAGCAUGGAUUGGGACAAGGAGGUUGCUCCAGCGCCGGCUACUGGGACUUUGGAUAUUGGCAUAGUAAGCCCAGAGCGCCUGAAACUCUUCCGUGCGCGCCUCGCCUACCUUUUCGCCACUCGCUUGCAGGAUGUAGAGCAGGUUUUCCUGACAGACCUUGUAGAGAUGGUCAACGAGGGACUUCCCACAACGACACUUUUUGGCACCGCAGAGGCAACUAAUGCAUGUCAGGUUAUGACGAACUUGGACGAACUUAUGAUCAGCGAUGGAAUUGUGUACAAGAUAUAAGAUUAUGGCAUUUGUUUGUUCGUGGCAUCAUGGCUUUUUAUAUUCAUUGGCAGAUCAAAAGCGGAUCUAGCAGUAUCGAGGCAAACCCAAUGUGGUCGACCACUCAUACUGACGUCAGGAGCACUCGAAAUAUUCCAUAAAUUAGGACUGAUCAGAUAUCAGCUAUUUAUCCAACUCAGCAUAAAGACAUCUGGCUGCAUGCAGGUUGUUUCUUUGCAGCAUGUUUACAUUGUGAAGGACAGCCUGGAGCUGUGUGGUGAGAUUUGUAAUCUUUUCCCGCAUUUGAUAAAGGACGGCAUUCACAUUCACAGUUUGUUCUUGCACUGACAUGGUGACUUGUUCUCUUUGCCAAAUGGAUAUCAAUGUCACAAUUAACAUACCAGCACCUACUUACACUUCACUUUUUUGUACUUUUACU